AUGCUCGGUCCUUUACUUGUCAAACGACUCUCCGAGAAGGCUCGAAUUCCUACCCGUGGAAGCAAACAUGCUGCAGGGUUCGAUCUAUACAGCGCAAAAGCCAUGACCAUCCCUGCAAAAUCUCAAGGUGUCGUACCUACAGAUAUUAGUAUUGCUAUUCCUGAGGGCACUUAUGGUCGAGUAGCACCUCGAAGUGGCCUUGCUGUCCGUCACUUUGUUGAUGUUGGCGCUGGAGUUGUUGAUUAUGACUAUAGGGGCCCGAUUGGUGUUGUCUUAUUCAACUUUGGGCAGAAUGAUUUUGUGGUGGAGGAAGGAGAUCGUAUUGCUCAAUUGGUCUUGGAGAAGGUUCACAUGUGUGAGGCUGUUGAGGUGAAGGAAUUGGAUUCUACUGAACGUGGAUCUAGUGGAUUCGGUAGCACUGGUGUCAAGCUUGUAUAA